UAAACACCACCGGAAUAGCGAAACAAGAAAUUUCAAAUAAUCAACCUAUUCACACAAAGCGAAUUUACUCGCGAUCUGAGGGUGAGUGAAAGGGAGGAUUGUAUCAAGACUCGAGACUCCCCAUGGCAGCUAUGAGGGGACCUCGGAGGGAAUUUUAGGUUAGUGGACAUGUAGGCAUAUAGACGGGAACACGGCAAAUUUGUUGUCUCAUUUAGUUCGUGUUUUGUGCUUUUCGUUUGUGCGUCAAGUCAUGGUUAAUCGUCGUCAAGUGCUAAGUUAAGUUAGAUAAUAAUUUAGUGAUAAGUGUACCAGUAAAAAAUGAACAGUUUUUCUUGUUGACAUUUUCGUGUGUACUGUGACAAAUUGCGUGUGAACAAUCAGAGGUAAACGGCGGGAUAAAAUAAAAUAAAAAUAUAUAAAAAAUAUACUGUGUGUCGGACCGCGGUUUGUUUGUAAACAGAGCCCCGUGUGACGCGCUCUCGCUACGUAAACACUAACAUUAUAUACUUUUUUCACGUGUGGAAAAACUCAGUAAUAACAUUCUAAAUUAAAGGAAAUAUUUAAAAACUUUUCGGAAAAUUGUGCUAGGAUAAUUAUCGCUCAAAAAUUAAUGUGUAGAUUUAGCAUCGUGCCAAAUUUUUCUCAUUGUUAAUUAUAAUUAUUAAUUCAUUAAUUAAUAUAAGUAAAUGUUAUAUAUUAAGGUGUAUUUAUUAAUUAAAUCAAUGUGCAAUAUUAGUAAAAUAACUGUUAAAUAUUAAUAUUUAUAAAAUAAUAAAUAGAACAAAAAAUAUCACUCAUAAAAAACAGAAAUAAAUCCGCGUCAGUGAGAAAAACGGGGGGACGGCUGUACUGCCUACUACUGUUACUAUACCGAUCAAUAAUAUUACGCAUUACGGGGUGACUGUGAGAAGAGACGUAACGCACACAGACGCAGCUCUGACGCACACUCACACAAGCCAGCCCCACCUCCUAAACACUCGCCCUCCGCGAAAAACGAAAGUAAACACGAGUGAGCUUUAAAAAAACUUGCAAACCGAAUUUAUAGAUUAAGUCAACUGAAGUACAAAGCACUGUGAUUAAAAAUUUGUGUUCAUUAAAGUCUGUUAACUGUGAUAAACAAUGCUUGUGGGAGCGAAUAUGCGUAGUGUGAACCCGAUGCUGUUGGGUUACAAUAUGCAGAAUGUGAGCAUGGUGAGCGUGCCUCACAGCCGGGAGUCGAGCAUCGGCACGGCGCCGUCGACGCCGGUGCACGGCGCGAGCGAGAACAAGCGCGCGUCGCCGCUGACGCCGGCGGAGCGCACGGGCGCGCCGCCGGGCGCCGGCAAGGACGCCGUCAAACUGUUCAUAGGCCAGAUACCGCGACAUCUGGAGGAGGACGACCUCCGGCCCAUGUUCGAGGAGUUCGGCAAGAUUUACGAGCUCACCGUGCUUAAGGAUAAGCACACGGGCAUGCACAAAGGGUGUGCAUUUUUAACAUACUUCAAUCCGGAGAGCGCAUCCAGCGCUCAAUCGGCUCUUCAUGAGAAACGGACACUACCAGGGAUGAACCGGGCAAUACAGGUGAAACCGGCGGACAGCGAAAAUAGAGGAGAUCGGAAGUUGUUCGUGGGCAUGCUCAGCAAACAGCAGACGGAGGAGGAUGUGCGUCAGCUGUUCACACCGUUCGGCACAAUAGAAGAGUGCUCCAUACUGCGGGGGCCUGACGGCGCGAGUAAAGGGUGCGCGUUCGUAAAGUUCAGCUCGCACCAAGAGGCGCAAGCAGCGAUCACGAGCCUGCACGGAAGUCAAACUAUGCCGGGCGCAUCAUCGAGCCUGGUGGUGAAGUUCGCGGACACUGAGAAGGAGCGGCAGUUACGGCGCAUGCAACAGAUGGCAGGCAACAUGAGCCUGCUCAACCCCUUCGUGUUCAACCAGUUCGGAGCCUACAGCACUUACGCGCAAGUCAUCACGGAACAGCAACAAGCCGCGCUGAUGGUUGCUGCGACGGCGCAGGGCUACAUCAGUCCAAUGACGGCGCUCGCCUCGCACGCACUCAACGGCAUGGCUAACUCCGUCGUACCGCCCUCUUCGGAUAACUUCUCAGGUCUGGCGAUAGGCACGGGCGGGGGACAGCCUCUGAACGGCGCGCUCCCGUCGCUGCCCUCGCCGACCAUGCCUGGCUUCAACAUGGCCGCUCAGACCGCUAACGGACAGCCGCCGCCGCAGGACGCCGUCUAUACUAAUGGCAUACAUCAGACGUUUACUGGACCGGUACCAGUAACAGCACAAGGCCUGCCGAACGGCGAGGCGGCAGCGUUGCAGCACGCAGCCUAUCCCGGCAUGCAACCCUUCCCGGGAGUCGCUUACCCAGCGGUUUAUGGGCAGUUUCCGCAGCCGAUCCCCCCGCCGAUGUCGACGAUUGCGCCCGCGCAACGAGAAGAUUUUCUUAUGUUCCCAGGCUGCUCGAUCUCGGGCCCCGAGGGCUGCAACCUGUUCAUCUACCACCUGCCCCAGGAGUUCGGAGACGCGGAGCUGAUGCAAAUGUUCCUGCCCUUCGGCAACGUCAUCAGCAGCAAAGUGUUUAUCGACCGUGCCACUAAUCAGAGCAAAUGUUUUGGUUUCGUAUCGUUCGACAACCCGACGUCGGCGCAGGCUGCGAUCCAAGCGAUGAACGGCUUCCAGAUCGGCAUGAAGCGGCUGAAGGUCCAACUGAAGCGGCCCAAGGAUGCCAAUAGGCCUUACUAACCCUAGACGCCGUCCCUGCGCGCUCAUCGCGUGCCCGUGGUGGCGGCCGGGUCGUACGGCAGGCCAGAGGCGCGCCUGUUCGCGAAUUAUCAACAAUUCUAUGGAAUUUACUACACAUUUAUUGUAUAGCAAAUAUCAUUACCUACAUACUUACCUAAAGAAUUAUGCAAGCCCACUCGGCGAGUAUACUAAAUUAGUUAAAAGUAAUUUAUUAAAUCAGCGCGUAGGAAUGCUUCAUUCUUAUCAUUAUCGAUUAAUCAUUAAAUUACUCUAUUAUAUUAUUAUAUAUACAAUUUAUUAACUUUGAUUAAAUUAUUAUUAUUAUUAUAAAAAAUGACACGUUAUAAAAAUUUUGUCAUUCGUAAUCAUACUUCUACUUCUAAGUACUUAACGUUUAACUGAAACUUUUAACAUAAAUUUAUUAUACUAGUUAUUUGCUUGAACUAAGCCAAACUGAAUUUAUUAAGUAAGUUGAAAAUGUAAGAAAAAAAAUGUAUUUUAAUGAUUGUAUAUUGCAAGGAGUUGCAGCGCCUCGGCGAUGCAUGCGCUCGCGCAGUCCGCGCGGCACUGUUGUCUCCCACCGCCGAACUGAUCGCAUCAUAUAAGUGCUCGCAUGCAUCACUAUUGGAGUAUUUAUAUAAUGUCCUAUAUUUUGUUACAUUUUAAUGUGUGUGUGUCUGUAAGCUAUGUCGCUGGCUCGUACCACACGACAUUCGUUUCGACGCAAUCGGCGGGCAAUCACAAAUUGUAAUAUAGAAAGAGCACAUUGUACACGAAGGCUCCCCACGAGACGACUACGUACUCCGUCUGUUCAACGGCGAUUUGUAAAAAUAUAACUUGUAAGUAGGACCAUGUAAUAUAUUCAGUAUCGCGUUGUAGACGCGUCGGUCUGUUCAUGGUACGGCCAGCACUCACAAACCUACAUGUUAGUGACGAUGUUGUUGACAAAAUUAAAUGUUUGUAUUUAACGCUGUGUACAAAUGAAAGUGCACUUCCAACAUAAGACCGAAUACUUAGGCCUUCGUUUCGAAAGAUCGUGUUAUUAUGUGUUGUAAAUUCCAAUAUGGGCUGUGAUAUAAAAAAUAUAAUAUCAACAUAAUGGACUGUACAGGCCGUUCGUCUCUGUAUUGCAUAUGUGUGUACCGCUCCCGCGCCGCCCGCGUGCCGCGCGACUCCCGCCCGUCGAGUCUGAUCUCCAUCGCGUUACAUUCCAGCCUGCUGGCUUGCACUACACUGUUAUCAACAGGACAUUACUUUUCUAUACAUUGUUCUACAACUAUCAUAGUAAGCGAGUGCCAGUUAUCUAAACCAAUUAAUCAUGAAAAGAGACACUUUCAGAGAUUUCCUAAAAAGAAAAAAUCACUAUUUAUUUUUGUACAUACCGCAGGAAAUUUCAGAAAAUGUCUUUUCAACAUGACAAUAUUCGCUCGCCAAGCUACAGAUUGUUCGUACGCGCCGUCGUACCCAGAUGUUAUUAAAUGGCUAAGCCCUGUAGAUAGUACAAUUGUCGGCAAGGCGGAGGUCGCGUGUCAGGCGGCGGCUGCUCGCGAAGUCGCGAUGUCAAUUCUCCAGGAGCGCGCUUCCCCUACUUUAUUUCAAGCAUUCGUGUGUGUGUCUGUACAUUAUACAUAUAUAAAAACUAUUCGUGUUAAGGUGUUAAAUACAAUGACUGUGACUAAAUGCGUCCGGGGAGUCAACAGUGAGUGGUGCGCGAACUACCAGAAUACAAAACUAGUGUAAUUUCUACUGAAAAAAAUAGAUUCAUAAUCAAGAAAAGUACCAAUAUAAAUAUAAAAUAAUACUGAGAUACCUUAGAUAUAUUGUGUGCGCGCGGCGAGUCGCGCAGUGUGCGUGCACAGCGCCCGCCUCUAGUCAAAUAUUACACUCACCGCAACACAUAGAAUUUUAUAUUUACACAAAUAAUUAUAUUAUAUUGAUAUAGUAUUCUAGUUUUAGGCGUUUAUGAUUUACAAGUAAGCAGUGUGUUAAGGCGAUAUUCGUAAAAAAAAUGCAAGUCUAUCGUUUUAAGUGUCUCUAGUUCUUUUCUCUUAAAUCUUGUCUCACCAUUGUGCAAUACGUUGUUACGCUUUUUGAAAUUGUUUUAGCAUCGUUUUUAUUUAAUGCAUUAAGUAUUUAUUUGUUUCUUAAAUAUGAAUGUUUCUUAUGUUACCGUUGUAGAUAAUUCGUCGACGUGGUCUCGUUUCGUAAACCGACUGCGAGCCGACCUCAACGCGCGCGUGCGUCGGGUCUAGUUGUAGUGCGCGGUCGCGGCUGCUCGCCGGCCGGCGGCCGCGUGAGGUUGUCGCGACCGACUUAGGUUACAGGUUACACAAAUCGAUGCCAAACCGGAACACGUAUACUUAGUAAAUCGAUUAUCGAUAAUAUCACCUCGUGGGUAAUGUAGGCGUAAUACGCCCGGGCACCGCCCGGGACGAUUAAUAAUAUUGUGUACUUAUAUCUUUAUACUGAUUAAAAUUAAAAAUUCCCUAAAAAUAUAUUGCGGAAACGCGAACAUUUGUAAUAGAUUAAUGAGUCCUCUCAGAAUGUAUAAAACAAUCGCCCAUAAAAGUGAUUCUAGGAUACAGGGUAUGCUUUGCAAUUAUUUAAAUGUAUCUAAAUAAUUUGUCACGUAGGCAGAUGUUGCCGACUGCCUGCCGUAGAGUGGCGCAGUGCCCGCAUCGCUCUCGGGUCCACUAGUCUGUCGCAUUUUAUACUCUGUGGUACGCACGUACCGAGUCAUCUCAUCGCUGUCCGCUUGCGUUCCGUUCGGCAGCUCUCGCGUAUCCUCUCACUCGUCACGACCACACUCGCGACACAUCAAACACUACAUUCUUAGUAUUACGAAAUCGAAUUUCUAAAACUAUUAACUCCUGACAUUUUAUAAAAUAUUUAUAAAUCGUUCGCAUACUCCAAUACGUCGCUCGCGCAGACGUGAACAUGAUCGAUGCACUCAAGGACGUUAGAAUCGUUGGUAUGCGGUAUGCGAAUCGAAGGCGGCUCGUUGUAAGGCGAUAUAGUUAGUUAGUCCGUCGGACGGUGCGGGAGUGACGUCACUCGCCAGUGCACAACAGACUGCCGGCCACCGUCCGGCGCUAGUUAGUACAUAAGAUGAAUGCCAAUAUUUUAAUCAGAAAAAAAAAACAAACCUUAGAAUUGGGAAUUAUUAAUCAUAUUAUAUCUAUUUAUAUAAUAAAAUAUGGAGAGAGGCGCAUAGUGCUUUUAUGAAUAGUAGGUUCUAGUAAUGAAACAAACGAUCUAGUCAUAUCUCCUUUCUGUUAUUUAUUUUUUCUAUCGCUUAGCAUAGUUUAGCUUCAAGCACACGUUCGUACUUAUUUACGUAUUGUCACGUAUCUUAUUUGUGUACUUAGAGCGUCUAUCCGUUACUGUUACGUUCCUGAGGUGUAAUAGAACCAGUUGUUCCAUAGAGCAGUCACUAUUACUUACUAUGUCUAACUUCCUAACUAACUUCAUUAGAUCAAUAUUUUCACAUAAACCUACUAUGUUAUAUGAGAUGAAAAUAUACUACUAAUUUUAAUUUUUUGAUAAGUUAUCCAGAAUACUGUUACGCAGCAUCCAUUACCUUUAGAUUAGUUAAGGUUAAUUGAGAUAAUUUUAUCGGUAUAGAAAGGUAGAGCACGAGUUAUGAAUGGUAUAACCGUUUGGUUAAGUUAGAGGUUUAAAAAGUUACCUUAGGACAAGUUAAAGGAGUAUGAUAUAGGUAGAGAAGAUAUAACUCUCAUAGUUCUGCUAAAGAUAGUAAGUAGUAUGUUGACUGUACGUCCGAGUGGAGUACAGUCAGCAUGGGACUAUAUCGCGCCGUCCGUAAACAUCUCACUAUAUGUAACCGAUACGACUCUCUGAAUAGUUUCGCUUCUACCUACUGGAUAUAUUAGUGGUUAUCGACUCUGGCCAGACGUCACAGGUUUGUUUCUCAAUUAUUGAGUCCACCUCGAGCCCUGGAGCCUGCUAGAUGUGACUUCUGAACGCAUACUGUAGUGUAGACUAUUGAACUGAACUGCCAUCGUAACACUGCUUAGUGCAAACUAGUUGUUCUAGAAAGUCCUCUUGGCAGACGCCGGCGGCUCGCGGUGGAACGUGUGCAUAUUAGUUGGACAGUAACUCGAUUUGUACAUACAUAUGACGUCAUAUCUUUAGGAGCUUACUAGCCUUUUGCCCCGGGACCGCCCGGGCGGGUGACAGGGUGUCGCUGUGUUAAUGCUAAGUGGAAAUCAUAAUCAUUAACCGUUUUUUAGAAUGGUUACACGCUACUAAAGUGUAAGGGUGAAUUAUACAGGCGACUGGACUGAAUCAACCAUUAACUGUAGAUUAAAUACAGCCUACGUAAAUAUCGAGUUUAAGAUAGGUUUUAGCCAAAUUCUCAUUGUAUAGUGUUAACUUCUCAAAUACUUUCCACUAGUUGCAGUCGCCUGAUAAAAGCCCAAAAUGUAUAAAAAUGGUGAACCAAUUAAAUACUCGUAAACUAUGUCCCUCACAUUGUUCUGGAUAACUUAUAUUGGAAUAGUUUAAGAGUAAACAUGCACGGUUUGUGUUCAGGAUUGUUCGGGACCUGACACUUGUAAACUACGAUUAAGGUCUUAAGCUGUUGAUGAUCAUAUAUUAAUUAACCAUCGAUUAAAAAGUCGAUGCCAUCCACCAUUGUACAUUCAUAAACUGUAUAAUAUUAUGUGAAGAAUAAAUUAUAUGCCAUUAAAUAAAAAUAUACCUAACGCUAUGUAAAAGACCAUCUAAAUCUUAUGUAUAAAUUAAAGUAGUCUUGUUUCAGCCACUUCAACAAAAAUAUAUGAGAAUGCCUCCAGAAUAUGUGUUUAUAUUUCCCCGAAUGAUCCUGGAGACGCCGUCCGUCUGUUUAAAUAUAUAUAUAGCUUACGAAGGGACACCACACGGUGCCUGUGAUAUACGCUUGUAAUGAUCGUCCAAUCAACCUACACUAUGUAUUCUAUACGACACUAGACUCUGGGCUUUAUGUUGCUGUCCUUAAGUCGUACCGCGUUACCAAUUUGUACAAUAUUCAUACCAUAAAUUAUAUCAUUUUAUUAAACUAACUCGAAUUAAUUUUAUUAUUAGUAUUAAGACAUUUACUAUUGACGUCGGUAGACUAGUUGAAAACACAAGGGUUACUGAGCACAAAAUUUAAGAUAAUAAAACAUCGUUGUUCCGCUUGAAGACAGAGAAGGCGAUAUCGAUAUUGUGUCUCUAUCUCUCUCUCGCAGCGCAACGAUGGUUUACUUUAUAUAACUGUCUCGAAUAUACAUAUAGAAUAAGGCUUAGAGAUAUCUGUCAGCUGUCAACUGAUCUAUCGAGGUCGAUAGAGUUUCAGGCUAUCUAUCGAUAGUAGGCUAAUUAUCGACAACACCGGAUGUUCGCGAUAUGUAACGUUUGUACAGCGGCUGCCGCGAAGCAGCCUCGUGGCAUCGCUAACACUCAGCCCCAACUUGUUGUAUUAUAACAAUUUAGUUAACUUAAUACGUUAGACAAAUAUUGUUUAAUGAUUGUCGUUUAAUGCGAUCAUUGGACCAGUCUGCCCAGUUGUACGUACACUCAAAUAAACACGUUCAAUUUAAUGAAAGUUUUAAUAGGCUUGUUAAAGUCGUCGACUAUUUAACUUUUAUAUAAUAUUCAGUGAAUAGGUUGGAGUUAUUAUUUGGUGACUGCGACUGGGCGGGCUGCAUCUUAUCACGUUUAAUAUUAGUGAUGUAACCUUAUGUUCCCAACACUGUGAACAGAGUAUAAACUCCAGUGCGUUUGAUAGCUAGCCAUUGAAAUGUUUAUUCUCAUAUAUUGUUAUAGUUCGCCAAAGAUUUGUAAAAAAAAUAAAUAAAUAAAGAGUGUUAUGAUCACUUUUGAAACGUCGCUAGUUAAUCGUUCAUUUUUAAUUUUUAUAUUUAUGAACUUUAUUAUUAGUGUAGAGUUAACAGACAGACUAUUAGCAAAUUGUGGAAUAUGUUCUUAGAUACACGUUAUUAUGGAACUAAUACAAUAAUAAUUCGCCUACUUUGCAUGUCUAAUUUAGUUAAUGAACUUUUAAACCUAUUAUCGAGUUAUUAAUAUGUAUAUUGCUGAAAUAUUUUAAAACUAAAUUACUAUUCAAUUAUUUAUUAUUAUACACUUAUUACGUUUAGUAUGCUAGAAAUAUGAUGAAGGAUAAUAAAUAAUUUUAAUUAUAUUA